CACCCGCGCGAGACGUCCCUUAAAGCUCCCCCCAAAGCGUCAUCUUCCCCAGUCCAGCCUCGACGCGAUGCAGGAACCCUUCGCCGCCGCCAGCGAGGGCUUGGCCGCUCUUGCUGACAGGAUUAAGGCCGAUUUUCCCGAGUCUGUUUCGAUUUACAACAGUUUGCUCCUUCACGCCCGCGGCCAUGCUCGUGCCUACAGCUUCUACACUCUAAAGGCGGCGCCACAUUCUCAUGUUGUUAUGUGGUGCCACUCGGAGAGGAAUGAGGACUCGCAGACAAAUGAUUCUUGGCUUGGUCUCCAUUGUCGCAAAGAGGAGGUUGAUUUGCUGAAGGCAGCUCUGCAGCAGACACGCUUGCUGGACUGGGAAGGAAGGCUUUGCGUCUACCACGUCCCAGAGCACCUGAAAAACGCGGUGCAGGAAGUAGCUGCGGCGCGGGCGGGCCAGGAACUAGACGCUUCCCGAUGCUAUACCUUCGCCUACCAGCCCCUGCAGCAGGAGGAACCAAUUAGGUGCAGUGCCGGGCUGCGCGUGUACCGCCUCGGCAGAAAGGGAGUCCGCCACAUGCUGGACACGAGCAAGUUCGACAAGAAGAAAAACUUCGACGAGAUGCUGCACCUCGUCAGGAGCGCCCCCUCGGCCGGCGUGUACGAGGACCCGAGCGCGGAAUCCGAGGCAGUCGUCGACGCGGCCAGCCUCCCCUUCGGCCCCGAGGAGCAGGCGCCCGUCGCGUGGAUCACGACCUCGUUCUACGGCGGCCUGGCCAUCCUCAUGACGGAGGAAAGGCACCGAGGGCGCGGUCUGGCCAAGCUGGUGACUCAAGUGGCGGCUAGGAUGCUGGCUGGCCAAGGCUACGUCCCGCACGCCCACGCAGAGGCCACGAAUGUCCCUUCGGUCAAGAUGUUUGAGUCUCCCCGGCUGGCAGGAGCUGCACCAGGUUUAUUUCAUGCACAAAGUGUGAUUACUGUAAUAUGUCAGCUUUCAAGGCGCUAAUAAAGAUAUGAAUAUC